AUGCUCAGACCCAAAUAGAAUUAGAUAAAUUUUACUUAAUUUUUUAUCAAACUCUUUGAAAUUCACUAAAUCAGGACAAAUCGAACUGGGCUUUCUGUAAAUCAGUAAGUGCAUUUACCAGCUAUAUGUUAAAGAUAGUGGAAUUGGUAUUUCUAAAGAUAACUUAAAUUAAAUAUUCAGCUUUUGUAAUAAAAUUUAAUACAAUAGCAAGGAACAUGA